CCAAUUGCCAGCAGCUGUUGCUUAUUUCACAAUGGCUCCGCCCAUAGAGAGCCGGGACGCUCCAGACCACACUGCAGCGUCUCAACUUAGAGGAAGAUGUUCCCAUGAAGAGGAGAGGAGCUGCUGCUGGUGUUUCUGCUAGCUGAGACUUUUCCUGCCAGGUCCGUUAUCAGACAACAGCGCACAGCGUUCGUCACCGGAUCGCAUUCUUUCCAUUCUGCCUGCAGCCUGAGACGGGACGUCCUCCCUCCGGCCCGCGUUUAGGUCUGUGCUCCUGAGCUGCCGGCGAGGACGGUGACAAAGAGAUGUGUUGAGUGGAGACGCGAUCCUGCUGUGGGUCAGCUGAAGCCCCGCCCCCUCCUCCCAGACGCCGCGCUCGCCUUCGCCUGGUCGGCCACAAAGAAAGGCAGAGCGCGACCGCGUCCUCCUCAGCCUCCUCAUGUUGCCGCCGGCGCCGCGGCGGGCGCGGCGGGCACACGGACCCCGUGGGCCGGGGUCCCGCGCUCCCUGAUGGACAUGGGGCUGCACAGCAGGCCGUUGUUCCUGGUGGUGGUGGUCCUGGUGAUUGUGUACCUCCUGUGUUGGAACCUGGGGCCGUGGGCGGGGAGCAGCUCGUCUCCAGGCUCCGAGGAGCAGAGGAGCCGCGCGGCCCAUGGCUCCUGCCCGCUCAGCGAAGCCGGGCCCUGCACCCCUGGGCCCGGCACCCCUGGGCCCGGCACCACUGGGCCCGGCACCCCUGGGCCCACGCCGCCGCCCACGCGGGCCCGUCCCAGCGAGCCGCCCUUCAUCGGAGACGAGUACCUGAGUGAGGACAGGCCUCCUCUCACAAACUGCUCGGACUCCGUGCGCAGCCGCGUCUACGGAUCUGAGUUCAAGGACCGGUUCCUGAGAGACGUUCCGGUCCUGCAGUGGGCCAAGCACGUGACCCGCGAACAGUACGAGCGGCUGAGCAAGUUCCCGGGAGCCCACGGCUGGGGAGGCAUCGAUUACAAGACGCUUGAGGAAACUCUCUCCAUCCUCAACUCUUCAACCAACGGCCAAAUGUUGGACGACUGGAAGGAUCACGGCCAUCGGUCAGAGUGCGUCCGCUGCGCCGUGGUGGGAAACGGCGGCAUCCUGAAGGACUCCAGGAAAGGGGGGGAGAUAGACGCACACCACUACGUCUUCAGAACCAACGGUGCCGUCAUCGCAGGCUUUGAGGCGGACGUGGGUUCGAGGACGACCCACUACACCUUCAGCACCAACACGCUGAUGAACUCCUUGAGGAGCUACGCCGGGCUGGGCUACACCGGACCGCCCGUGACCCAGGAAACGCGCUACGUCUUCCUGCCCGACCACGACCGCGACUACCUGCUGAUGAAGGCGGCCGCCACUCGCUCUCCGGUGGAGCGAGGCCGCGAGCUGGGAAAGGAUCCCUCCGUCUACUUCGGGAAGGACGUGUCCAGAGACAAGCUGAAGAUGUACCACCCUGACUUCAUCCGUUACCUCAGGAACAGAUUCCUCCGGGCAAACGCUCUGAAAACCAAAUACAAGGACAUCUACCGCCCGUCCACCGGCGCCGUGAUGCUGCUGGCAGCGCUGCACACCUGCGACCAGGUGAGCGCCUACGGCUUCAUGACCCCAGACUACAAGAACUACUCGGACCACUACUACGACAGCAGCUACCGGCCCGUGGGCUUCUUCAUCAACCACGACCUGCGCCUGGAGAUGAGUCUGUGGCAGAAGCUGCACCAGCAGCGCCUGAUGCAGCUCUACAUGAAGUGAAGACAGAGCAGCUGUGUGUGGAGCAGCGGUGGGAGGAGACUAAAACCAGUCCCUUGCUGGUUUUCAGGCUGAUCACCUGGAUCAGGUGUGUUCAGUCAAUCAGCAGCUGGAUCAGAACCAGCUGCUCCGUCUGAGUUGGUUUUAACUGUACUAAACACAAUCUGUAACUUCCACAUGUCUCUCACGUCACUGCUGUUUCACCAACGCCGUGUUCCGUUGUAACGGGACGAGGCUGCAAUAAGACGCCUUAUUUGGGCUCAGCGCCGAACCGCUCGGCGCUGCACGUCUGUGCCUUCUGAAUGUGAAUGAGCCGUUUGGAUCAAACCUGAACCGAGGGCUUCUCCUGGUUUGACACAUCUGGACUCCUCCUCAGACAGAAGGGUUCACAUCUGAAACUAAAGACAAAAUCAGGGAAUAUGCGUAUUUAAAAAUAAUAUUUUAGAAUAACCUCAUUCUAUCUUAAGUCACAUGAAGCCUCUGGUCGUAUUUUAAGGAUGUGUAACUGAAGUAACCGUGCAAUUUGUAACUGAAUGUAGCUUUUUAAAUUUAUAUAAAAUACCAGAUGUUC